AUGCCCGGCACCCCCAGCCCCAGCACCUCCGCGGGGCCGCCCCUCAUCGCCGCUGCUCUCCCCCCCCAGGCCUUCACCGAACUGCAGGCCAAGGUGAUAGACACGCAGCAGAAGGUGAAGCUGGCCGACAUCCAGAUCGAGCAGCUGAGCAAGACGAAGAAGCACGCCCACCUCACCGACACGGAGGUCAUGAUGCUGGUGGACGAGACCCGCAUGUACGAGGGUGUGGGGAGGAUGUUUAUUCUUCAGUCUAAAGGAGUGAUUCAUAACCAACUCUUAGAAAAACAGAGAAUAGCUGAAGAGAAAAUUAAGGAAUUAGAGCAGAAGAAGUCGUACCUGGAGCGGAGCGUGAAGGAAGCAGAAGAUAACAUCCGGGAAAUGCUGAUGGCCCGAAGGGCGCAGUAGCUGUGCGGCUCCCCCCGGGCCUCCUGUGACACCCUCUGGGUGGUUUUGGGUAGCUCUGCGUGUGCGCUGCUCACCGCCACCCGGCUGCACGAGUUCCGUUCUAUGGCAGUUUCAAUAAAACUCUGCUGCGAAGCCUGA